CUUCAUUCUCCACCAACAACAAACUUUAAACACGCAUCAGUCUUGUCAUCAUACCACUCAACGCCUCAAAGAUCGACGCUACUACAAGAUCAACAUCAUCACUGUCACAUUUAUUGGAUAACCCCAAUUCGAACCAACAACAGCUUACUAGUCAUUCAUCAGUCUAGCAGCUCUUCGCAAACUUGAUUUAAGAUCUCUUCAGCGCCAACAUCAAAUACCUACCUACUCUCCAUCAAUAUCUACUCUUAUAUCACCAACCUACAAACCACUUCUACCACUUCAAUACCAAAAAUCAAUCAACAUGGCUGCUGCAGUCCAACAACAACAACAACAAGAACCUCACAAGACAGGCUUCCUCGACCUUCCAGUCGAGAUCCGUCUAGAAAUCUACGACCAACUUCUCAUCACAGCCCCCUACACAAGAUGUGGCCGCCCCUGUCCUGAGCAAAAAGUCCACGCCUCUCUCCUCCGCACCAACCACCAGAUCCACGACGAGGCCGUAGAUCUUCUCUACGGGCACAACACAUUCCUCUCUCACCCAACACUUCUCACAUCCUUCCCCCGUCUUCGAAACUGGUACGGCCCCAUCAAGGAGUCCUCCAUCAUCCCCAGCAUCCGCCGCUUCCACACCCAAGUCCGCCUUGACGUUGAUCUCCCCUACGAUGCAGACGCCGUGACAAAAGCCUACAGCGGCCUCGACGAGCUGACUAUCGACGUCGUUCAGUCCAUGUUUCUCGGUGUCGGAUACCGCAAUCUACGCAUGUUUGAGGGUGUCAGGGGUGUCAAAAAGGUCACAAUCACCGGCAGCACCACUGGCUUCGAGGACUACGUCGAGUGGCUCAAGGUGGCCAUGAUGACUGCACCUGGCGACAAGGUUCCUGAAUUUGUACCUCAACAACAAGCGGGCUGGAUUCAGCGCUUAGCCACUGUGCACUAUUAAGCCGCCUCCAAAGUUUUCUUUUCUUUUCUCAUGUCUAUCCUUAUCUCAUUCGUUGAGAGUUCGCUUCAGCUUUUUUGGAUUUCAUGUAUUUGGAGCGACGGGUGUGUAAAAGAACUAACGAAUGUGAUGAAAUCGUUUCAAUUAUCAGACUAUGGAGUUUUGGGUCACCUGGCAUUGGAGUAAAAGGGAAUCGAUUAGAACCUCCCAAGCACGCUCUGAACAAGCGCAUCAGAUAAACAUACUAGUAUUAGCAGUAUAAAUGGCACAAUAAUGGAAC